GGAGGGACUGACCGUGCAAAUGGGGCUCGCCAUGGACCGCAGCCCAUACUCCCGCACAGGGGACCCUGCUCGCGGCUGCUGGUACUACCUGCGCUAUUUCUUCCUCUUUGUGUCCCUCAUCCAGUUCCUCAUCAUCCUGGGCCUGGUCCUUUUCAUGAUCUAUGGCAACGUGCACGCCACCACGGAGGCCAGCCUGAAGGCCACCGAGAUCCGUGCCGACAAUCUGUACAGCCAGGUGAUGGGACUGUCGGCCGCACAGGCUAACCUGACCAAACAGCUGAACAUCAGCUUGCAUGCCAAGGACACGGUCAUGCAGCUCCUGCUGAAUGCGCGGCGCGAGCUGGAGCGCAUCAACGCCAGCUUCCGCCAGUGCCAAGGCGAUCUGAUCACCUACAUUAACUAUCAUCGGUUCAUGGUCGCUAUCAUCCUGAGUGAGAAGCAGUGCUGGGAACAGCUGAAGGAGAACAACAAAACCUGCGAAGCCUUGCUCUUCAAGCUGGGCGAGAAGGCUAAGACGUUGGAGAUGGAGGUGGCCAAGGAGAAGGCGGUGUGCACCAAGGACAAGGAAAGCCUGCUUGCGGGAAAGCGACAGUCGGAGGAGCAGCUGGCGGUCUGUGGCAAAGCACUGGAGCGGCAGCAGCAGGAGCAGCAGGUGACCCAGGAGCAGUUGCAGAAGGUGCAGGCAAUGUGCCUCCCGCUGGACCAGGACAAGUUCCAGGCGGACGCGCUGAGCGUGUGGCGGGACUCGCUGAUCCAGCGCUCCCUGGAUAACCUGGGCUACCACUACCCCUCGCUAGUGCCCGAGAUAGGGUCUCUCCGCCGAAUGUGUGAGCACCUGCCGGGGAUCAUGAGCUCUAAGGUGGAAGAGCUGGCGCGCGGGCUGCGCAUGGGCAUCGAGCGCGUGACCCGCGAGAACGCGGAGCUGCGGCGACAGAAGCUGGACAUGGAGCGUGGGGCGCAGGGCACGCAGGAAGCGCGGGCACGCGCCGAGGCCGAGGCGCAGGCACGCGAGAGCCAGCUGCGCGCGGAGUGCGCGCGCCAGACACAGCUGGCACUGGAGGAGAAGGCGGCGCUGCGCGCGCAGCGGGACGGCCUGGAGCGCGAUCUAGAGGCGCGCAAGCGCGAGCUGGAGCAGCUGCGUACCGAGGUGGAUGUACGGAUCAGUGCGCUGGAUGCCUGUCUCAAGGCCAAGUCUCAGCCAGCCAUCCCACCAAGACACUCCUCGGGCCCAGUCCCUCCUCCACCCAUAGAUCCUGCUAGCCUGGAGGAAUUCAAGAAAAGAAUCCUGGAGUCCCAGCGUCUCCCGUUAGUCAACCCUGCAGUCCCACCCAGGUGAGAUGCAAACCGACUGAGGUGUAGAUAAAGGAAGUCCUAUCAGGGCUCGAGGAGGAGGGAGAC